AUGGGAUCCUCCGCUUCAAAGCCCGCAAGAGCAGCCGCUGGUGCAGCAAAGCGCCAGUAUCCUAAACAAGCCGCCCCUCCGCCGCGAGCUCCAGCAGCACCGAGGAAACCCAAAGCUCCCGAGACACCAACUCCUCAGCCUGCGCCAUCGCCUCCCCCUUCUCAGCCCCCGAGCUCUAGUCAUCAAGGACCGACAUACCAUACAAAGGAGCAGCCCUCUCAAUCAAGGUCCAACGCAAUCGACAUGGACGGCCGCGACCCCGACUUCGCCGCCUCUCUUCGUUCUAUCGGCCCCGUCGACCCUUCAGCCAACUAUGCCAACUCCCCAGCGUACAGCCGCGGCCCCAUGCAAACCGUCUUCCCCAAAGCCUCCAACCCCGCCCUCCUCACCGCCGCUGCACGCGAUCGUCUCUCCAAAUCCGCACAGCAGGAGAUCGACCAGAUGGGCCGAUCAGACUUUGCGGGGCGAUCAUACAUGGACGCCUUGACGAUUCACCAGGCUUUGACCAUGCGCGAUGUGCAGAAGAUGCCGCGCGCGGAGAUCGAACGGACAUUGCGUCUUAAGAAGGGAGUUAUGGAUAAGCUUGGCGAAGAUGGCUUGAUUUCACGUGCUAUGUGA